GCUCGCCUUUGCACAGUUGGCGUAUUUCUUGAACACAGGAGGAGCGUAGAACGACGACUAGAAACGCAAACAACCGCCAAACGCGCGAUGUAAGUCAACCGGAGCGUGCAGAGAGGAUGCAGGAAAGCAGUAGAAGGAGAAGAGGGCGAUCUUUCAGAACUUAUACGCAAGCAAUGUACGCGCCUAAUGCCGGUAGUCAGGCAGGCCGAUCAUGCAGGCCGAUCAUGCAAGACAACCUGAACCUAGCGGCGCGGGUGACGCGCCUCACAUGCACCGGCCACCGUCUCGCGUUUGGGGGCCGACAUGGGUGUAGUCAUCUGCGAGCCCUGCCAUGCCGCACAAAGGGGUUGAUGGCGGUGCUCCGAUCAGGCGCAUUGCUUGACAAUGCCGGCAGGUUGUACACAUGUAUCACCAGCAAUCUGGCUGGCUGGUUGGAUGAUUUGCUCGCGGAAUUGGCUUUGUCUUGCAGUGGCUGUGGUCGUUUCGUGCAGCAGGUCACUCACUCGCCCCGCGAAUGGUGCGAAUGCGUUGGGACAAAGAGCAGACCACAAGCACGGCAGCCUGAGGCGAUCAAAGAGAGUUUGGCCGUCGGUUGGCGACCAUUUUCAUUCAUCUGGAAUUCGAUGCUGCAUCGACAAACAAGCACGACGGGGAAUGCACCGCGCCACACUUGGGUGGAGUGGUUCGUGCUUGAAGUCGCCGUUCCGUCUCACCAAUGACGAAAGCGCUCUUGCCAACCAAUACAUUUACUUGACCAACCCAAACCACCGACCUGCCCUUCUACAACUCUUCCAUUCUCUCCUCAGGCCCCCAUAGCCCAUACACCUCCUCUCCUGUACCCUCUCACCACCACAAUACCCCUCAGAGGAAGACUCGCCGCACCGGACACGGCGCGAACAGAGCGCAAGGCCGCCGUCGCCGCCAUGAGUCAAACAGACAUCAUCACGCGCCCGCACCCCGACACGGGCAUGUCGGACUCCGCGCACAGCAGCAGCAGUAGCAGCGCCGAGCGCUACGCCCUCAACGAAGCCGACACCACCCCCAUCCUCCUCUACAAAUACCGCGGCGGCCUCGACACCUCCACGCAGAAAGAGCUGUGCGCCUACCUCGACAAGAGUACGU